CAGCUGCAGUCGCAGCGGCGCUCGCACUCCUCCCGGAGCCACGGGGACAAGCUCGCCUCUCCUCCGCGCCCAGCACCCCCAAGCUGUUCCCCCCGCUCAUCGGCCCUGCCGCCCGCCAUUCGCCGCCCGACAUGGAUUUCCUCCUGGCGCUGGUGCUCGGCUCCUCGCUCUACCUGCAGGCGGCCGCCGAGUUCGACGUGAGGUGGCCCAGACAAAUAGUGUCGUCAAUUGGCCUGUGUCGUUAUGGUGGGAGAAUUGACUGCUGCUGGGGCUGGGCCCGCCGGUCCUGGGGACAGUGUCAGCCGGUCUGCCGGCCACAGUGCAAACAUGGUGAAUGUAUCGGACCCGACAAGUGCAAAUGUCAUCCCGGAUAUGCUGGAAAGACCUGCAGUCAAGAUGAACACUUCUACCCAACUCCUCUUGACCAAGGCAGUGAACAGCCUCUUUUCCAACCCCUGGAUCAUCAAGCCACAAGUUUACCUUCAAGGGAUCUAAAUGAGUGUGGCCUGAAGCCAAGACCUUGCAAGCACAGGUGCAUGAACACUCAGGGCAGCUACAAGUGCUACUGUCUCAGCGGAUAUAUGCUCAUGCCAGACGGGUCCUGCUCAAGUGCCCUGACGUGUUCCAUGGCCAACUGUCAGUAUGGCUGUGAUGUUGUCAAAGGACAGAUACGGUGCCAGUGCCCCUCUCCUGGCCUACAGCUGGCUCCCGAUGGGAGGACCUGUGUGGAUGUCGAUGAAUGUGCUACUGGAAGCGCCUCCUGCCCUCGAUUUAGGCAGUGUGUCAACACUUUUGGGAGUUACAUCUGCAAGUGUCAGAAAGGCUUCGACCUCAUGUACAUUGGAGGCAAAUACCAAUGUCACGAUAUAGAUGAAUGCUCCCUUGGUCAGUAUCAUUGCAGCCGCUUUGCUCGAUGUUACAAUGUACACGGGUCCUACAAGUGUAAAUGUAAAGAUGGAUACGAGGGUGAUGGACUGAAUUGUGUGUAUAUUCCAAAAGUCAUGAUUGAACCUUCAGGUCCAAUUCAUGUACCAAAGGGAAAUGGUACCAUUUCAAAGGGUGAUGGAGGACACAGUAACUGGAUUCCUGAUGUUGGAAGUACUAGGUGGCCUCUGAAGACACCAUAUAUUCCUCCUGUUAUUACGAACAGGCCCACUUCUAAGCCAACAACAAGACCUGCACCAAGGCCAACGGCAGAGCUGACCCCACCCCCAUUCACAGAACUCGGAACAUCUCCACCCGCAACAAGCCCGGAAAGCCCAAGCACCAGACUGACCCCCGCAACACCCAUUGCCACUACCUCUCCAAGAUGGAUUACAGUUGACAACAGGAUACAGACAGAUCCUCAGAAACCCAGAGGAGACGUGUUUAUUCCACGGCAGCCUUCAAACGACUUGUUUGAAAUAUUUGAAAUUGAAAGGGGAGUCAGUGCAGAUGAUGAAGCAAAGGAUGAUCCAGGUGUUCUGAUACACAGUUGUAAUUUCGACCAUGGGCUUUGUGGAUGGAUCAGGGAAAAAGACAGUGACUUGCACUGGGAACCAGUGAGAGAUCCAACAGGUGGACAGUAUCUGACAGUGUCGGGAGCCAAAGGCCCAGGGGGAAAGGCCGCUCGCUUGGUGCUACCUCUCGGCCACCUCAUGCAUUCAGGGGACCUGUGCCUGUCGUUCAGGCACAAGGUGACGGGGCUGCGCUCCGGCGCGCUCCAGGUGUUUGUGAGAAAACACAGUGCCCACGGAGCAGCCCUGUGGGGAAGAAAUGGUGGCCAUGGCUGGAGGCACACACAGAUCACCUUGCGAGGGGCUGACGUCAAGAGCGUCAUCUUCAGAGGUGAAAAAAGGCGUGGCCACACUGGGGAGAUUGGAUUGGAUGAUGUGAGCCUGAGAAAAGGCCAUUGCUCUGAAGAACGCGAGCAACACCCGAACUAGCAAUGAAUUCCCCUGUUGCUCUUUUCUUUUUCCAAUCUUCACCUCCUGUCCUCUCCUCCCUCUUAUCAGGCCUAGGAGAAGAAUGGGUCAGUGGGUCAGGAGAAAGUCUGGUGGGUGACCCACACCUCGUGGCCUGCUUUUGUGCAAUUCCAAUGAACAGUAACACCCUCCUUGAAAUACAAGGGGCGCCUGUGGGCGCAUCCAAGCCAGCUUUGGGUGUUACCUUCCAGGCUACGGCUCUUUUAGGAAGGCCUUGGGCACGUGUGCCAUCCUUUGUCCUGGUUACGGGGUGUUCCUAGUAGCAAAUUGUGGGAGAAGUUUUCAAAAGAAAUGCGUGCAAAUGGCCAUUCUCUUAUCUGUUCAGUGUUGUACCAUGAGUAGUAUUGACUUCCCCUAAGCUAUGUUGUACAAUGUGCUUGUGAAAGUGGUUUCUCCCCUUCACUUGUUAGCUCGGGCCUGACCUGAACUCUGACUUUUACUGCCAUUCACUUUAUAAAAGAAGGGUAACAUAUCAAGAUGCAUUUAUUCUCCUUAUCUGUAUUUUUUUUAAAAACAAUUAUGUAGGGUGGGCACGUAAUCCCUCGUUAGUAGUGUGUUUUGUGUAAAUGUGCUAUUGAUAUUAAGUAGUUACGUGUUCCUAGUAUUUACAGACUCUAGUUGCAAGGGAAAAGGCAGCUUGGGAUCUCUUAGAUUAAAAACUACCCAGUGAAAGGUCAUCCAGUGCCAUGACUUUAUUUUGGCAGCAAGAGAAAAUCGGAAGAGAUGUCAGGUGUGGUAGCGGAGGGAUGAAGUUUUUCACAGCCUUGAGUCUGAUCACUGUAAAAGGAUAGUGAACCAUUCAGGUAGACAGGAAGCUGCAGUUACCAUAUAAAACCCUCACUGUUUCAGGUUAUACUUUAAAACCAACAGUUUUUACAAUAACAUGGCUCUCUCUGGUAAUCUGUAAAAAGCUCUGUAAAAGCUCUGGUUGUUUCAGAGAAAAGAUGCUGUUUCUGGAAGGGCGAGGGGAAGCAUGGGGGAAGGUCUGUUGAAACAGAUUUUUCAUACUAAUUUUUAAGUCCAUAUAUACAUUUAGGCAGGUCUAGCUCAUAACUAUGUGCUGUCUUGUCAGAACGGGAUUGGAAGCAAGUCCUGUGUUUGGAGGCAUUUUGUUGGAUUCACACACAUGUCAGAGCAAGAGGACAAGAUUGGAAUUCUAGGAUCUAGGAACCCCUAACUACAUUUCCUCCCUGGAUAUUUUACCUUCAUAUUAAAAAAUACACGACUUUUAUAAGGCAACUUACUCAUGAGGCUUUUCUUCAUUUCUGAUUAAUCAAAAUAUUUUCUGCUGUUUUUGCCAGGAAUCACAAAGAUGAUUAAAGGGUUGGAAAAAAAGAUCUAUGAUGAAAAAGUAAAGGAACUGGGAUUAUCCAACGUGGCGAAGAGAAGACUGAGGGGCAAACCAUUGCUGGUUUUCCAGUGUAUGGAUGGUUGGUACAGAGAGGAUGGUGACCAGCUCUUCUCCAUAUGUGCUAAGAAUAGAACAAGAGGAAACAGGCUUAGACUGGAGUGCGAGGGGGCAUUUCCUGGCAGGGACAAUUGUUAAAUUAGAAUCCUUUGUUUAAGAAAAAAAGUGAAUCUCCCUCUCCCUCCCUCCCUCCCUCCCUCUCUCCUCUCUCUUUUUGAGGCUUUUAAAAAAUUAGAUGAAAAUCUGUCUAUUUAAGAUGGUUAAAGAUGUUCUUAUGUCAAGGUAGAGUUAACAGAAUCUUCCGAAAGAUGUUUUAAUCCUAUUAUUAUGUAAUGAAAAUCUUCAGAACAGAGUCAUUUGGACGAUGCCACAGUCUUUUUUAGGCAUUUACCUUUUGGCCUCUAAUGGAGGAGAAUCAAAAGGGGAAAAGCCCACCAAGUGCAGAGCUCACUAAAAGACCUCUCUAUGGCAAACCUAGCAGGAUUAAAACAGGAAAAAAAAAAAAACAAAACAAAAAAAACGUAUUCUUAAGAGUAUGAUGGACGUGUAUUUUAGUAUCUUAAUAUCCUAAUGUGGUAGGGUUCAUUUUUUUUUCUUGGUAAAGGUAUAACCUUUCACUUGCUCAGUGGAUAUUUUAGGUUUUAAAAGAGACCAUAGUAAGGAACAGAGGUUAGAGAGCUUUUUAUCUGGUGCAUUCUCUCUACAAUGUGUGUGACAGCUUGGCCACUGAGAAAGAGUUCCCUGCUCAACACCACUGUCCGGAUUGUUGCUUCACUGAACCACUGUAAUUCACUUUCUUUUAUCAAUUGGAAUCUCCCAAGUUCCACAAAAUGGUAAUUUUUUUUUUUGAAAAUAGUUACAACAGAAUAUCUUUUGUCAUUUAACUGGGUGGAGGCAGGACCGGAGCAGGAUGUAAAGCAGUGAGCCUUCGAGUAAGGGCCAGGCAGUAGGGCUUUAGAUCCAUUUUUAGUGAUUCAUUUCCUUUGUGGUCCUAUAACUGCACAACUGAAGAGGAAAGGGGAAAAUAAUCGAAAAGGUCACUUUUAGGUGCCAAUACUACAUUGCACUAAACUGACAGAAGUUAUCCAAAGUACUGUAUAACAUCUUGUUUAUUAUUUAAUGUUUUCUAAAGUGAAAAUGUUAGUGGUUUUCCAAACAGCCAAGUAAAAACAAUUCUUUGUAAAUAAAA